AGACAACGCUCUUUAAUAAACAUGGCCAACAGCCUUUGGAAGGUCAUUUACAACGAUCCUACGAUUAAUAGUGUCCCCUAUUUUUCCCACUACUGGUUACCAGCUCAUGCGAUGGCGUCCGACUCACAAUCUGCUUCGACUCCACCACUCAGGCCGUGGGAAAGCAUCAUGCCCUGGGAGAUCCGGAUCCAAAUUUUCACCGAGUGCAUCAAGAAGGGCUCUGUCAGCCUCUUGUAUGUCAACAAACAGCACUAUACUCAGUUCUACCCUCUACUUCACGAAAAAUUUGUCCUCUCCUUCAGCAUCGAUCCAUCCGCAACUUGGCCUGUGGUGGAUGUACUCGGGCAUGGCUUCCACCAAGUGUACGCAGCCUCUCCACAUCCCGACUACUCCAGCAUUGUCGAAAAGAUGCCGGUGGAUCAGUUUCGGAAGAUCGAGAUCCUCAUCGACGCCCCCGACCCUGACAAUCCAGGACAACUUGUUCAGGCUUGGAAGCAGACCACGGGGCUGAUGGCUGCUUUACUGCCCAGGUGGAAGACCACAGAGGAACCUACAACGGAGGCGGACAUUGAAAUUCCGAAAGGGCGCAAGACCUUCAAGCUCCCGCCAAUGAUUGUCCAAUUCUUGGGGGAAGAGGGAAAGAGAUGGACAUCCAUCCACCCUUCUUCUCUGGGGCAACGGAUCUGGAACCACAGUGUUCCUAGCUACGAGGACUGGGACCCCGAAACACAAACGGCGCCGAUAGACUUGGAUGGGAUUCAUUCUGAUGUCGAAAUCAUCAUGACAGCCUUCCUCCGCGUUCGGGGCGCUGCCUCACUUACUUUUCAAUUCCCAGGUGAAGACCAAGACUGCCCGGAAGAGGUCGCUGACUUGAUGGAAGAAGUCGACCGACUGAGCAGGAAACGGACACCAUUCGGCUUGUACCGCGAUCGCGACUUCUACUUUGACGACUUGACGAUUGGCGCCGAAGAGGAUAAAUUCCACCUCUGGCUAGAUUAUCUUCUCGAUGACAUGGAUGGCCCCUGUGCCGCAAACCUUCGUCUCGCGAGAUUCGUCGAGUGGUGUUCUGAAUAUGACUAUCUGAUGGGACAGAGAUGGUGGGCCAAUUAUGAUUUGCCCGACAGUCUCAUGUGUCGCAUGUCCGACCAUUAUAGCGACCGAUUCGUAGCCUGGAUCCUACUUCGGCGAGAACGCUAUUGCGACAAAGGGCCCAGAUCCAAAAACGGGCUGUGGCCUAGGGAUGUUUCCAGCUCUCUAAGAGCCAGGAGUCUGCUCUCGCACAAUCGCGACUCGAUCACUUGCUCCCAGUGGUCUUUUCCCGUGGUGGGUGUUCCGGAUCGCCCUUGCAAUGCAUGCAAACGCAUAGAUAUCCAGAAAGACUGCGAGAUGGAGGGACGGUACGAGGAAGAACAAGAACUUUUACUGGGAUAUAUGGAGGCAAACCCGUCCUGGUUCUGGGACGACGACGACAACCUAUACAUCUGAUAAUCAGGCAAAUACUUGUCUCGUGAUGUUGGGACCGGAGGGCAUGCAUGCAUGCACUUGGUGUUGGAUCCGGAGAUCGGACCAGGAAAGAUUGAGUCACAAAAGUUACCAGGUAUUCUUAGAAGUCGGUUCGAGGCUUCUGUGGUGCUCCUAAUCAGUACUUAGUGCUUCUAGUAGUACGUUUGAAG